AUGCCAGGGAUGUUCCUCCUUUGGAGCCAUGUACUGCCAGAGAGCCAUAUUACUUCCAAGUUCGAGUUCACAAACAUAAAAUGCAGCUCAUUGGAUGAGGAUUACAGUGGAGUUGAUUAUUGCUAUUUGAAGUCGGCGAAUCGGAGCUACAAAUAUUUAUCCAUUAAAUUUAACUUGCGCAAAAAAACUAUUUCGAAAAUCACGCGGUUUAAUGGGUAUAAGCCAUUUCUGUACAACACGACCGUGGAUGUCUGUCAAUUCCUGAAAAAUCCCAAAUCGAAACCCAUUUUUAACUACUUUUAUGGUUUCUUCGUCACACAAUCGAAUCUGAACCACUCUUGCCCAUUCGAUCACGAUCUGUUGGUGGACAGGCUUACUGGCGACUUUGUAAAUCACCAAUUAACUAAAAAAUUGGCCUUUCCGGGGGAUGACUAUCUGAUGGAAACCAAUUGGAUGACUUAUGGCGUUAGCCGAGCUCUGGUGCAAAUCUAUGGCACACUUUCGUGA